CUGACAUGGGCAUCACGUCUUUCUCAAGAUGGCGGACUUCAGAGGUGUGCAAGUAUUUUCAUAUCCACGUGCGGGCGUUAAAGUAACCGAAGACAAUGUGUACUGGAAGCGGCUUUCGUUGCCGGUGACCAUCAAGGACAUAGGAGCCAUCAACAACGUCGACAUUUCUCUCCAAGAGCCGCACGCCUUCGCAAUCACAUGUUCGUCCAGGGUGCGCGUGUUCAACCCCGUCAGCCGCGAGAUCACAUGUCAGUUCUCGAAGUUCUCCAAGGCGGCUUGCGGCGGCAUAUUUCGCGCCGACGGCAACCUGAUCGCCGCCGGAGGAGAAGAUGGUGCCGUCAAGCUCUUCGACGUCAAGACGAGGUCCCUAUUGCGGCAGUUCACGGGACACAAGAACCCCACGCAGCGGGUCGCCUUCACUCGUGACGGCACGCAGCUGCUCAGUUUCUCGGACGACUCCACGGUCGCCCUGUGGGACAUUCCGGGCCAGACCAGGCUGCUCUCCCUUAACGCACACGACGACUACGUGCGCUGCGGUUCCGUCUGCAAAGCCAACCAGGACAUAGUGCUUUCCGGCUCGUACGACCACACCGCCAAGGUAUUCGACUUGAGGACUGCCGACCCCGUGGUCACCGUAAACCACGGCUCUCCCGUCGAGUCGGUGCUCAUGUUUCCCACGGGAGGCAUCUUCCUCACGGCGGGAGGACCGCACAUCAGGGUGUGGGACGUAGUGGCCGGUCGUAUACUCGCCCAGAUGACCCAGCACCACAAAACUGUCACGUGCCUGAAGCUUGCCAGUAAUGGGCAGCGCCUGCUUUCCGGCUCGCUCGAUCGACACGUCAAGGUGUUCGACGUCGCCACGUACCAGGUGGUCCACACGCUUGACUAUCCGUCCCCGAUCCUCUCCCUGGACAUAUCGCCGCAGGACAAGGUCCUCGUUGUCGGCAUGACGUCGGGCCUCAUAUCCGUACAGAGGAGGAAGAGCGAAGUCGCCAAAGAAGUCGCGCCCGCGAAGCGCAGGCGGGCGUCCUCUUACUUCCAGGAGGCGCACACCGAGCCCGGCUUCGUUCCCCGCGUAGGUGACGUCGUGAUUCCCGAGCGAACUUUGCAGAAAAUGGCCAAGUACAACACGUACCUGAGGAAGUUCGAAGUCUCCAAGGCGCUCACCCAAGCCAUGCGGGACGCCAAGUUCACGAGGGAGCCCCAGAUUGCCGUCGCCGUCAUGCAGGAGCUCAUUCGGAGGCGAGCCUUGAAGUCUGCACUCGCCGGCAGGUCGGGGAAAGACCUGGACGAACUGAUGCUUUUCGUGACGAAGAACGUCACCGACCCUCGCUUCUCUAGAAUCAUGUUGGACGUUGCCACGCUGAUGGUUGAAGUGUAUUACCCAGAGGUCACGACGUGUAAAGCAACAUGUCGUAGGCUCAAGAUUCUGCAGAAGGUGAUGCACCAAGAGGCAAAGCACAUGCAGGAAAUGAUGGAACUGAAGGGCACUAUUGAAAUUCUCCUGUCAAAUUCCAGCAGCAGAGUGCAGAAGGAGACUGCUUCUAAUCUAAACGAGCUAUAGAUAACAAACUAAAUUACAUAAUUGUCCAUGUGAUCAUCAUCAUGUACAUAAAU